AAGAGCAGCGGGGCCGGAGGUGGGGCGGGGCGGCCGGCGGUGGGGAGCGGGACCGGGCGGGCUGGGGAGCGCCGAGAGGGGCUGCGGUGAGCCGGGACGGGGGGGUGCGGGGGGUCCUCAAAGUCGGGCGCGGCGCUUCUCGGGCCCCCGGAGGCUGUCGGUGCCGGGCGGCUCUCGCAGCGCUCCCUCUGCCGCCGGCCGGACCCGGCGCGUCUCGGCGGGGCUGGAAAGAGCCAGAACGGCUGUCUGUAAGCAGGCGGCGUUGCGGGCUGCGGCACCUGGUAGCGGCGGCUUCGGAGGCGGCGCCCUGCGGGCAGCAGCGGCACGAGAGCUGCAGGGCGGCUGUCCCGUGUUGCUCCCUGUGCCGGCUGCUGCUCGGAGCUGCGGCUCUGCGAGGGUUCCGGGACGCGCUUGUUCCGCUCCCGGCUCCUUUCGAUUUCAGCUGGGAUUCCUUUCCGUAGAGAAAUCCUUUCCCUUCGGCCCGCAAGCACGACUGUGUGCCGAGCAGCGGCGGAGACGGUGAUGGAAUCACUGAGCGCUUUGUGAGGGUGAAGCGGCUCCGGAAGGUCACACAGCCAUCCUCUCCAGGCAGCUGCUGCAGCUUGCUGGCAUCAAGGACUUUGGGAAUACAGCUUUAGAACUGCCAUCGUGUGCCAAGGAUCUGCUGGCUGCGAGACUCACUGCUCUGAGCUGGAUGUUUUUAUGGCGGCUUUUCUUAUAGCAGUAUUAAGAGAAGCUCUUCACAACAAUCCUGAAUGCGUUUACUAUUCAGUCUGGCCUUAAGCAUGAAAAGAAUCUAUCAGGUUUGAGCUCUCUAGAAGAUGAAGCCCUGGCUGUGUUUGGUGUUCUUUACCAGUGCUUUCUUGAUCUGGCACGCAGAGGCAGAAUUCUUCACUUCAAUAGGUCAAAUGACAGAUCUGAUUUAUGCAGAGAAGGACUUGGUACAGUCUUUAAAAGAAUACAUCCGAGCAGAGGAGACCAAACUGUCUCAAAUUAAAAGCUGGGCUGAAAAAAUGGAUGUGCUGACGAGCAAAUCCACUUCAGAUCCAGAAGGGUACCUGGCACACCCUGUGAAUGCAUAUAAGCUGGUGAAGCGUUUAAAUACGGAUUGGCUGGAAUUGGAGAACCUGGUUCUUCAGGAUACAACAAAUGGCUUUAUCACAAACCUCACAAUUCAGCGCCAGUUUUUUCCAACUGAAGAAGAUGAGACGGGGGCUGCCAAGGCUCUGAUGCGCCUGCAGGACACCUACAAACUGGAUCCUGAAACGCUCUCUCGAGGGAACUUACCAGGAACAAAAUAUAGAUCGUCUUUGACAGUGAGUGACUGCUUUGGUAUGGGCAAGACUGCUUACAAUGAUGGUGACUACUAUCACACAGUACUCUGGAUGGAGCAAGCCUUAAAACAGCACGAUGAGGGGGAGGAUACUACAGUCAGCAAAGUGGAGAUCCUAGAUUAUCUCAGCUAUGCUGUCUUCCAGUUUGGGGACUUGCACAGAGCCAUGGAGCUUACGAGGCGCCUGAUAUCCCUUGACAGCACUCAUGAGAGAGCAGGCAGCAAUCUGCGGUACUUUGAGAAGCUGCUGGAGAAGGAGAGAGAGAAGCCAUCAAACAAGACGGUGGCAACAACGGAACCAGUGGUGCAGAGUGGUGCCUAUGAGAGACCUCUUGACUACUUGCCAGAGCGUGAUAUCUAUGAGGCUCUCUGCAGAGGUGAAGGGGUGAAGAUGACGCCUCGGAGGCAGAAAAGGCUGUUCUGUAGGUACCACGAUGGAAACAGAAACCCCCAUCUGCUCAUAGCUCCCUUUAAAGAGGAAGAUGAGUGGGAUAGCCCUCAUAUUGUACGCUAUUAUGAUGUCAUGUCUGAUGAAGAAAUUGAGAAAAUUAAACAACUGGCCAAACCAAAGCUGGCACGAGCCACAGUACGUGAUCCCAAAACUGGAGUCCUCACAGUGGCUAGCUACAGGGUAUCAAAAAGUUCAUGGCUGGAGGAAGAUGAUGAUCCUGUUGUGGCUAAGGUGAACCAACGAAUGCAGCAGAUCACGGGGCUAACAGUGAAAACAGCUGAACUGUUGCAGGUUGCUAAUUAUGGAAUGGGAGGGCAGUAUGAGCCACACUUUGAUUUUUCUAGGAAAGAUGAGCCAGAUGCUUUCAAGCGGUUAGGGACUGGAAAUCGUGUGGCCACUUUUUUAAACUAUAUGAGUGAUGUAGAAGCUGGAGGAGCUACUGUUUUCCCAGAUUUUGGGGCAGCCAUAUGGCCCAAGAAGGGAACAGCAGUAUUUUGGUACAAUCUAUUCAGAAGUGGUGAGGGUGAUUACAGAACAAGGCACGCAGCUUGUCCGGUGCUAGUAGGGUGUAAAUGGGUUUCAAACAAAUGGUUUCAUGAAAGAGGAAACGAAUUCUUAAGACCCUGUGGGAGAACAGAGGUUGACUGAGACCCAGCUGCUGCAGGCCUUUGUUUCUUUGUCUCCUUUUCUACUGUUUGUUCUUACAGUUCAUUUCUAAGAAAUGAUCCAUCUUUUUUUUCCCCCCUGAGUCCUGGCACUUGUCACGAAAAGACAAAUGUAACACCUGUGAGUGGAAGUAAAUGGCUUUGUACACA